CAUGCCGCGUGGCUGGGCCGCCCCUCUGCUCCUGCUGCUGCUCCAGGGAGCCUGGGGAUGCUCAGACCUUGUCUGCUACACCGAUUACUUGCGGACGGUCACCUGCUUCCUGGAGACGUGGACCCCCCACCCCAGCAUGCUCACCCUCACCUGGCAAGACCCCUACGGAGAACUGGAGGAUGAGGUCACCUCCUGCAGCCUCCACCGGUCCACGCACAAUGCCACUCACGCCAAGUACACGUGCCACAUGGAUGUGUUCCGCUUCAUGGCCGACGACAUUUUCAGCGUCAACAUGACAGACCAGCCUGGCAACCGCUCCCAGGAGUGUGGCAGCUUUGUCCUGGCCGAGAGCCUCAAGCUGUCUCCUCCUUUCAACGUGACCGUGACCUUCUCGGAACAUUAUAACAUCUCCUGGAGCUCCAAUUACGACUCGUACGCGCUCAAGGGCAAACUGCAGUAUGAGCUGCGGUACAGGAAGCAGGGAGACCGCUGGACGCAGAGUCCGGGGAGGAAGCUGAUCUCAGUGGACGUCAGGAGCGUCUCCCUCCUGCCCUUGGAGUUCCACCCAGGCGCCAGCUAUGAGCUGCAGGUGCGGGCGGGGCCCCAGCCCGGCUCCUCCUUCCAGGGGCCCUGGAGCGAGUGGAGCGACCCGGUCCUCUUUCGCACCCAGCCAGAAGAGCUCAAGGCAGGCUGGCACACGGACCUGCUCUAUCUCUUCCUGGUCUUCACGCUCCCCAUCCUUGUCUACUUAGGUCUGAAGAUCCGCCUGCCUUGGAGGCUGUGGAAGGUGUGGGUGCAGGUGCCCAGCCCAGAGCCAUUCUUCCAGCACCUGUAUGUGAGCCACAGCGGGAACUUCAAGAAAUGGGUAGGCACGCCCUUCACUGCCUCCAGCCUGGACCUGGGCCCCUGGAGCCCAGGGGUGCCCUCGCCCUUGGAGAUGUACAACUGCUGCCCCCCGCUGAGUGCAGCCCAGGGGUUGGAGACCACGCUGCUGCCCGCGCCUGCGGAUCUGGUGGAAACUGACAGCGCCCCUAAGCCCGAGCCUGAGCCCGAGUCGGGCUACUGGGGCCCUGCCCCCUGCACUGGCAGUGCGGGCACCUCAGCUUACAGCCAGGAGGGGGACCGGCCCUAUGGCCUGGUGUCCAUCGACACGGUGACCGUGGUGGGUGCAGAGGAGCCGUGCUCCUGGCCCUGUACCUGUGGGGAAGAUGGCUACCCGGCCCUGAACCUGGACGCUGGCCUGGAGCCUGGCCCGGGCACCCAGGAC